AUGGAAAUGAAACAUAGGAAGCACGCCUAUUCUAAAAGAGAGAAAAUAAACGAAAUAGAGAAAAAAUGUGAAGAAAGUUUGAAUGAAAUCCUUAGGUCGGCAAAUGAAGUUAGCGAAAUUUCUAAAAAAGCAGAACUUGAAUUGGAACAGCAAACGGAACAAAUAAAACAUAUAAAUAAAGAAACAGAUAACAUUCAAGAAAGACUAAAACAAAGUCAAUAUCAUUUAGAAGGAAUAAAGUAUUGGUGGAAAAAUAUAAAUUCGUUCCUAGGAUUUCAAGCCACUGACGAAAAUGAAAAUAUCAAAAUAGAUAAUCCAAUAAAUAAUCAAAUCGAAAAAAAAAAUAAUAACCACUAUAAAAAUAAUUAUGGGAAAACUCUUAACCGAACAUAUGCAGAUAGAUUAGAUGAAAAAAGAAUACCACAAAGAAAAGGAACAUUUGAUGAUAAAUAUGAACGUGAUUUAAAUAUGUUGUCUUCUAUGUUGGAUGAACUUCACACUAGAGCAUUAGUUAUGGGGAAUACAAUAAAUGAGCAAAAUAAAAUGCUAAAUAACGUAAAUGAAAAAAUGGAAAAUAACAUCGAGAAAAUUCAGGAUCAGCAAAAAAUGAUGAAAGAAAUAAUGAAAAGAUAA